CUUGUCCAAUCACACGAAUAAGGACAGGAUCGAUUUUUUACCUCAACACAGAUCCAGAAGUUUUUCAAAGAAUCACAGUUCAACACAAAAGAUGUAUCAACAACUAGUGCCAUUAUUUACGCUGGUGUUUUGUUUUGCAGUCGCUGAUCAUCCAAGUCACCGCUACAGAGUUUGUGUCAACGACGUAGCUGCAUGUUCAAACGCCAAUCUAACUAUAAAUGUCACUUGUCAAGAAGCAACAUCCGGUUCGUCUUGCGUUAAAGAUGUUGUAGACGGUCGCGCAAAUAUAACAUUGGCCUCAGCUGAUGACAUGGUUAAAUAUGCAUACAAUCUCCAAAUUGUGUACGGUCAAAACAUCAGCGGUGUUGACGAGAAUUUCAUUCAGUAUUACGGUUUGGCUGUCGUAAAGAAAAACACAACUUUCAAUUUCACCUCCCUGCGGAAUAAAAAAUCCUGCCAUACCGGUGUAGGAAAAACUGUCGGUUGGAAAAUCCCUGUUGGCAGGAUGAUAUACAAUAAAAUAAUGACAUAUACAGAGAGUCAGUAUAAAUCUGCUUCCGAGUUCUUUGGUGAAAGUUGUGCACCAGGUAUUAAUGGCAUCUCUGGAGUCAGACGCAGUGAGAGAGAUCUUUGCUCUUUGUGUAACGGAACAUGCGCACAAAACUCAACAGAGCCAUACUACAACUACGAGGGAGCAUUCAAAUGUAUGGCUGAUGGUAACAAUGAUCGCGUUGGUUUUGUAAAAGAGACAACAGCUGCAGAAUUUUUAAAUAAAUCUCUCAAUUAUGGAGUACUCGGAGACUAUAAACUACUUUGUCCAAAUGGAUCUACAGCUGCUUUGAAUCAAUACAAAACCUGCAACCUUGGUACAAGACCCGCUUACGCCAUUGUUACCGGCAAAUCAACAUCAUCUGACGGAAUUAUGCAUAUCCAAAGCAUGCUGGAAGGAGCUGAUUUCAGUAAGUUAAAGACAGCAGGAAUAGUUAGCGACAAGGCAGAAUCGUUGGCCAAGUAUUCCAAUACAUCUGUUAAAGAGUACGUUGGAUCAUAUGGAAAUUACUAUAAUGGUCUCUAUGGCAGUACUAAAGGUAUUUAUAAAGUUUGCGUGAGCGAUGUAUCUGCGUGUGGGAACGCAAGCUUGCCAAAUGUGACAUGCGUAGCAGCAAGAUACGGUUCAUCAUGUGUGAAAGAUGUUAUAGAUGAACGAGCCCACAUGACUUUGGCUGCUGCUGACUCGUUGGUUCAAAAUGCUGACAAUCUCCAAAUUGUCUAUGGUCAAAAAUUACCAAACCUCGACAACUUUAUCCAAUAUUAUGGUUUGGCUGUCGUGAAGAAAUAUACCACUUUCAAUUUCACCUCCCUGCGAUAUCAAAAAUCCUGCCAUACUGGAGUAAGGAAAACUGUCGGUUGGAAAAUACCUGUUGGCAGUAUGAUAUUCACUAAAAUGAUGCCUUUUACCGAGAACCAGUACGUGUCUGCUUCUUAUUUCUUCUAUCAGAGUUGCGCACCAGGUGCAAGAACCAUCCAAGGAAUCAGCGGAGCAGUGAAAAACGUUCUCUGCUCUUUGUGUCAGGGAUCAUGCGCACAAAAUUCUUCUACAGAGCCAUAUUACAACUACGAGGGAGCUUUCAAAUGUAUGGCUGAUGGUUACAAUGAUCGUGUUGGUUUUGUAAAAGAGACAACAGCUGCAGAAUUUUUAAAUAAAUCUCUCAAUUAUGGAGUACUCGGAGAUUAUAAACUACUUUGUCCAGAUGGAACAACAGCUGCUUUAGAUCAAUACAGAAACUGCUACAUCGGAACAAGACCAUUGUACGCCAUUGUCACUGGGAAAUCAACAACCUCUGCUACAAUUACACAAAUUCAAAACAUGCUUAACGGAGCUGAUCUCAAUAAGUUAAUGUCAGCUGGAAUAGUAACCAACAACAUCGAAAGAUUGGUGAGGUAUACUGGUGAAUCUGUCAAAGACUACGUUGGAUCAUACGGAAAUUAUUUUAAUGCUCUUAGUGGAAGCACAGCUUUCUUUACUGCCUGUGUCAGCGAUGUAUCUGCCUGCAGAAAGGCAGGAUUGACGAAUGUGGCGUGCGUAGGAGCAAAACCCGGUUCAACUUGCGCAAAAGAUGUCGCUGACGGUCGCGCACAUAUGACUUUGGCUGCAGCUGAUUCCAUGGUUCAAUAUGCUGACAAUCUCAAAAUUGUCUAUGGUCAAAAACUACCUAACCUCGACAACUUUAUUCAAUACUACGGUUUGGCUGUCGUAAAGAAAAACACAACUUUUAAUUUCACCUCCCUGCGGAAUCAAAAAUCCUGCCAUACUGGUGUAGGAAAAACAGUCGGUUGGAAAAUCCCUGUUGGUUAUUUGUUAUACAACAGAGAGAUGAUGUUUACAAAUAAUCAGUAUGAAUCAGCUUCAAAUUUCUUUGGACAAAGUUGUGCACCAGGUAUUAAUGACAUCGAGGGAAUCAGCGACGCUGUAAAGACGGAUCUUUGCUCUUUGUGUAACGGAUCAUGCGCACAAAAUUCUUCUACAGAGGCAUACUACAACUACGAGGGAGCUUUCAAAUGUAUGGCUGAUGGUAACAAUGAUCGUGUUGGUUUUGUAAAAGAGACAACAGCAAUGGAGUUUUUAGAUAAAUAUCCCAGUUAUGGAAACAGUAGCCACUACGAACUUCUUUGCCCUGAUGGAACAAAAGCUGCUUUAGAUCAAUACAAAAACUGUAACAUCGGAACAAGACCAUUGUACGCCAUUGUCACUGGUAAAUCAACAUCUUCUGCUACGAUCAAACUAAUCCGAAACAUGUUGAACGGAACUGAUCUCAACAAGUUACAGGCAGCUGGAAUAGUAACCAACAAAAUUGAAAGAUUGUUGAGGUAUACUGGUGGAUCUGUUAGAGAGUACGUUGGAUCAUAUGGAAAUUACUACAAUGGUCUUAUUGGAAGUCAAAAAGGUUUCUAUAAAGUUUGCGUGAGCGAUGUAUCUGCGUGUGGGAACGCAAGCUUGCCAAAUGUGACAUGCGUAGCAGCAAGAUACGGUUCAUCAUGUGUGAAAGAUGUUAUAGAUGGACGAGCCCACAUGACUUUGGCUGAUGCUGACUCGAUGGUUGAAAAUGCUGACAGUCUCCAAAUUGUCUAUGGUCAAAAACUACGAAAUCUUAUACCUUUUAUUCAAUAUCACGGUUUGGCUGUCGUAAAGAAAAACACAACUUUUAAUUUCACCUCCCUGCGGAAUCAAAAAUCCUGCCAUACUGGUGUAGGAAAAACUGUCGGUUGGAAAAUCCCUGUUGGUUACAUGCUCUUUCAUGAAAUAAUGACGUACACAGACAACCAGUAUAAAUCUGCUUCGGAUUUCUUUGGUGAAAGUUGUGCUCCUGGUGCAAGAACCAUCGAAGGAAUCAACGAAACAGUGAAAAACGAUCUCUGCUCUUUGUGUAACGGAACAUGCGCACAAAACUCAACAGAGGCAUACUACAACUACGAGGGAGCAUUCAGAUGUAUGGCUGAUGGUAACAAUGACCGUGUUGGUUUUGUGAGACAAACGACCGCUAGAAACUUUUUUACCAACUAUCCCAAUUAUAGAGGCACAACUAUCGCAGACUAUAAACUACUUUGUCCAGAUGGAACUACAGCUGCUUUAGAUCAAUACAAAAACUGCUACAUCGGAACAAGACCAUUGUACGCCAUUGUCACUGGGAAAUCAACAUCGUCUGAAACAAUCACACGCAUCCAAAAUAUGUUACUAGGAGUUGAUAUCAGGAAUUUAACGGCAGCUGGAAUAGCAUACAAAAAUGUAGAAAGAUUGGUGAGGUAUACUGGUGGAUCUGUCAAAGACUACGUUGGAUCAUAUGGAAAUUAUUUUAAUGCUCUUAGUGGAAGUACAGCUUUCUUUACUGCCUGUGUCAGCGAUGUAUCUGCCUGUAGAAAGGCAGGAUUGACGAAUGUGACGUGCGUUGGAGCAACACCCGGUUCAACUUGCGCAAAAGAUGUCGCUGACGGUCGCGCACAUAUGACUUUGGCUGCAGCUGAUCCCAUGGUUCAAUAUGCUGACAGUCUCCAAAUUGUCUAUGGUCAAAAACUACCUGACCUCGACAACUUUAUUCAAUAUUACGGUUUGGCUGUCGUGAAGAAAAAUACAACUUUUAAUUUCACCUCCCUGCAGAAUCAAAAAUCAUGCCAUACUGGUGUAAGAAAAACUGUCGGUUGGAAAAUCCCUGUUGGUUAUUUGUUAUACAACAGAGAGAUGAUGUUUACAAAUAGUCAGUAUGAAUCAGCUUCAAAUUUCUUUGGACAAAGUUGUGCACCAGGUAUUAACGACAUCGAGGGAAUGAGCGACGCUGUGAAAAACGAUCUUUGCUCUUUGUGUAACGGAUCAUGCGCACAAAAUUCUUCAACUGAGCCAUACUACAACUACGAAGGAGCUUUCAAAUGUAUGGCUGAUGGUGACAAUGAUCGUGUUGGUUUUGUAAGGCAAACAACAGCUAUGGAGUUUUUACAUAAAUAUCCCAGUUAUGGAAACACUAGCGACUACGAACUUCUCUGCCCUGAUGGAACAAAAGCUGCUUUAGAUCAAUACAAAAACUGUCACAUCGGAACAAGACCAUUGUACGCCAUUGUUACUGGUAAAUCAACAUCUUCUGCUACGAUCACACUAAUCCGAAACAUGUUGAACGGAACUGAUCUCAACAAGUUACAGGCAGCUGGAAUAGUAACCAACAAAAUUGAAAGAUUGGUGAGGUAUACUGGUGGAUCUGUUAGAGAGUACGUUGGAUCAUAUGAAAAUUAUUACAAUGGCCUUAUUGGAAGUCAAAAAGGUUUUUAUAAAGUUUGCGUGAGCGAUGUAUCUGCGUGUGGGAACGCAAGCUUGCCAAAUGUGACAUGCGUAGCAGCAAUAUACGGUUCAUCAUGUGUGAAAGAUGUUAUAGAUGGACGAGCCCACGUGACUUUGGCUGCUGCUGACUCGAUGGUUCAAAAUGCUGACAAUCUCCAAAUUGUCUAUGGUCAAAAACUACCAAACCUCGACAACUUUAUUCAAUAUUACGGUUUGGCUGUCGUGAAGAAAUAUACUACUUUCAAUUUCACCUCCCUGAGGAAUCAAAAAUCCUGCCAUACUGGAGUAGGAAAAACUGUCGGUUGGAAAAUCCCUAUUGGCAGUAUGAUAUUCACUACAAUGAUGCCUUAUACGACGAACCAGUACGUGUCUGCUUCUAGUUUCUUCUCUCAAAGCUGUGCACCAGGUAUCAAUGACAUCGAGGGAAUCAGCGAAGCUGUGAAGACGGAUCUCUGCUCUUUGUGUAACGGAUCAUGCGCACAAAAUUCUUCUACAGAGGCAUACUACAACUACGAAGGAGCUUUCAAAUGUAUGGCUGAUGGUGACAAUGAUCGUGUUGGUUUUGUAAGGCAAACAACAGCUGCAGAAUUUUUAGCUAAAUAUCCCAAUUAUAGAGGCACAACUAUGGCAGACUAUGAACUACUUUGUCCAGAUGGAGCUACAGCUGCUUUAGAUCAAUACAAAAACUGCUACAUCGGAACAAGACCAUUGUACGCCAUUGUCACUGGGAAAUCAACUACCUCUGCUACGAUCAUACUAAUCCGAAACAUGUUGAAUGGAACUGAUCUCAACAAGUUACAGGCAGCUGGAAUAGUAACCAACAACAUCGAAAGAUUGGUGAGGUAUACUGGUGGAUCUGUCAAAGAUUAUGUUGGAUCAUAUGGAAAUUAUUACGAUGGUCUUAGUGGACGUACAGCUUCCUUUACUGCCUGUGUCAGCGAUGUAUCUGCCUGUAGAAAGGCAGGAUUGACGAAUGUGGCGUGCGUAGGAGCAACACCCGGUUCAACUUGCGCAAAAGAUGUCGCUGACGGUCGCGCACAUAUGACUUUGGCUGCAGCUGAUCCCAUGGUUCAAUAUGGUGACAAUCUCCAAAUUGUCUAUGGUCAAAAACUACCAGACCUCGACAACUUUAUUCAAUACUACGGCUUGGCUGUCGUACAAAAAGAUGCUCCAUUCAACUUCAGGACGCUAAUGGGGAAAAAAUCCUGCCACACCGGAGUGGGAAAAACUGUUGGUUGGAAAAUCCCUGUUGGCAAUAUGUUAUACAAUAGAACAAUGCGUUAUACGACGAACCAGUACGUGUCUGCUGCUAGUUUCUUUUCUGAAAGCUGUGCACCAGGUAUUAAUGACAUCUCUGGAGUCAGUGACGCAGUGAAGAGAGAUCUUUGCUCUUUGUGUAACGGAACAUGCGCACAAAACUCAACAGAGGCAUACUACAACUACGAGGGAGCAUUCAGAUGUAUGGCUGAUGGUAACAAUGAUCGUGUUGGUUUUGUAAGGCAAACCACAGCUAUGGAGUUUUUAGCAAAAUAUCCCAAUUAUGGUGCACUUGAAGAUUACAAACUACUUUGUCAAAAUGGAACUACAGCUGCUUUAACUCAAUACAAAUCCUGCAACCUCGGAACAAGACCAUUGUACGCCAUUGUUACUGGUAAAUUAACAACCUCUGCUACGAUUACACAAAUCCGAAACAUGUUGAAUGGCACUGAACUCAAUAAGUUUAAGGCAGCUGGAAUAGUAACCAACAAUGCCAAUUUGGUUUUGUACACUGGCGGAUCAGUUAAGGAAUACGUUGGAUCAUAUGGAUAUUACUACAAUGGUCUUCGUGGAGUAAUCAAAGGCGCAGCGCCAUCUUUCACGAUGUCACUAACUUUACAAAUCGCCGCCAUUUUGGUUUUCUGGCUCAUGGCUUAAAUCGUGCAUGCAUAUGCAAUUCGGCAACUCAGUGCUCUUAUGAAGAAAACUGAAUAUUAAUUUAUCACUGUUCAACAAAUACAAAAACACAACGUACUUAAUUCAUCAGCCAUGAAAUCAACGUUGUGGGAAAAACAUUUUAAAUUUAAAAACACCGUAAUUCAUUAAAAACAUGUUUUAUGAUAGUUCCACAUAAUAUCUUAUUGUAUAAGAUUUCUUAUAACAAUAAUAUGCUUGCACUAAUUUUUAAUAAUAUCUAUUUUAACACCGUA